GCGAUCUUCAGUUCUCGUCUCUCCGGACCAACCAAACCCUUGGACCCCCGAUCUUCUUCUGAUUCUUUACUUAAAGAAGCUCAUCUUUUCUCCGAUCCAUCCUCUCCUCCCCCGCCCUGGGAAGACUUUUGAUCUCAUACUUCUCUAAAAUCAAUAUCUAUCUAUCGAAGUGUUACCUUAUCAUCAACAUCCAGAAAAGCUAACUCCCACAUUCGAAUCCCAAGUUACUCUUGCCCACCAUGUCCAGCCAUCCUCAAUCGGUCUACGGCCAUCAGCAGCAUUCCAUCGAGCCCAAGCGAUUCAAUGGCUUCUUCAGUCCAUCAGCAACCAGCAACAACACCAACACCGCCCCCUCCCUUAUCAAUCCAGACCAUUUCCAGUUCAACAGCCUUUUUGGGUCCCAUCCAGCACAGCAACAGCCCCAAUUUAAUCUGUCAUCAUCCUCAUCUGGCUUACAAUUCACCGAUGAUGAACUGAUCGAAUCCCUCAUCCAUCGUCAGCCAAUCAACAACGGCAACCACCUCGGAGAAUUCCCUCACUCCCCGCAGUCAUCCAGUCUGACUCAGCCCAUCUCAUUCGAUCAGAUCACCCUGCUCGACCAUCCUGCCCAUCGGCACUCACAGCCACACUCCCAUUCAAACCCAGCUCACCAUCAUCCUAUCCCGAUCACCACCAGGACUGCGGCAACCAGUCCUGAUAGCGACCGGCGCAGAAGUUUCUCCUCAUCAGUACCGAUCGAGGACCAACAACUUCUUCUAUCGCCUUCCUCGACCAACCCAGCCCGGUCCCCCUCCACUAUGAGCUCGGUCUCCAGGACGACAGCCAAUCAUCAGCGGACCUUCCGCGCCUCCCGCUCACCGAACCCCAAGCCACUCCUCAACCGUCAUCCGCAGCAGGCUGCCUAUCCCUUCAGUCCUCCGACGUCGAUCACCACCACCCUCGUCGACGAGGAGCGAUCGCCUGCCAUCUCGACCAUCUCAGUCACCGAGUCGUCAACCCAUCACCACCUCUCAUCCUCCCAGCCGAUCGGCAGCUCCUUCUACCGGCCCCUGCCCUCGGCGGAUGAUGCGACCGGCUUGCCAUCCCCGCUGGACCGGAUGUCAGAUGAGCUGUCCCUAUCCUCAAGCUUGCCCACUCGAAGGACAUUCUCACCUCACUCUAUCAUCGAUCAACAAAAGCUGGUUUUGAAUGAAAAGAGAAGGAAGAGGAGAGAAUCCCACAACGCAGUCGAAAGACGGAGACGUGACAACAUAAAUGAUCGGAUCACCGAAUUAGCCGGCCUACUUCCCACUUGUCUACUCGACACCGUAGUCACUCCUAACGAAUCUGGAAUGAUGAUGGUGGUUAACGAGGAGCCUAGCCAAGCGGAUGACAGCCAAGGCCUCAACUCGGCUUCCCAUACCAAACCUAACAAGGGCAUGAUCCUGGCCAAAUCGGUUGAUUACAUUAAGCAUUUGAAACAUCUGCUGGAAUUACAAUCCCAGCGGAACACCGAAUUGGAAGCCGAGUUAAAGAGGGUCCGGUCGGGAACUGAGCCUCAUCAAGAAGACCCAAAACAGCAGGGCACCGAAGAGAAAGUUAGAGGCGGGGUGACUGGAGAGGAUGAGGAAAAUGUAAAGGGGGAAGAAGGCCCAGGGCCAGGUGGAAUGAAUGAAGACACCAGCGACCAGAUCCAUCAAUGGAUCAAGAUCCACGACCAACAGAACGACCCCCAGAACCAAAACGAAAGCCAACUGGAGGACGAAAACAUGAUGAUGACCAAUGGAUUCGGUCAAGAUGCGGUUUCUUACAGGCCUGAUCAUAACAUGGCUCAUCGCCAUCAUCUCUCCUCGUCCUCCGACCCUACUAACCACCACCAUGCUCAUAAUCUAUCUACAUCUGAACCUAUCAAGUUUCAUGAGGAUCACUAUUCUUCCUCCCUUGACCAUUUCGCCUCGCCCUUUAAUCACCGUCUCGGUAGCUUUGAAAAUAUUUACUAUCAUCUCCAGUAAUUCUCCUCCUUCUCAUCCAUCAAGUUCUAGCACAUCAUCCUUAUAUCAUCAUCAUCAUCAUCAUGUAAUUCUUCCAAAAUCCUACGCAACCUUUCUUUUCUGCUUUCUUUUCUCAUUCUAACAUAUGUAAUCCUACAUGCUUGUACAUACGUAAUUCUUUUUGUCUGGUUGUUUGUUUUGAACAAACUACAAAAAGACAUGUGUCAGCUGAUUUCUAUUGGUUCUUUUUUCUUUUUUCUUCUCUGUCUGUACUUGUACUCUUUUCAUAUAUAUAUAUAUAAAUCUUAUCUUUAUAAUAUUAAAACUCAGUCAGUCUUGAGGUUUAAUC